CAAUGUGUGUUGCUCUCAGGGCGUCCAAUGAUUGUGGAGAUUAUUGCGGGUGACAACGUUGCCAUGGAAGCUGUACUACGCAUGAAAACCAUCUCGUUCCUACCAUAAAGUCGUCUCAAAUUUGACCAGAAGUUGGUUUAAUUUUACCCCGACAACUCCGUUUCCUCUGUGUUUUACUUUAAUCAAGACUCUUUUUCGUCUUUAAUAUACUUAGUCGCCCACUCCUUCGAAAUGCUAACUAGCCGGCUAGCCAACGUUAGCACGUCGAGCUAAUCUUCUUGAGUGGAUAAUCCUCCUCUUUCUCAUUACAAUGAUGGAACCUUCAGUGUUAGCAGCGGCUUGUGACUGACGAAUGGACCGACUUUUUCCACGCAUUUGUUCCCGGAUAAACUGUUAUUUUUUGCGAAGUCAGGAGUUGCCACCAAAUAAAGAUGGAGAUUAAUCUAAAUCGAGUUGAUUAUAUCCAGGUUGGUGUGACGUCCCAAAAAACAAUGAGGCUGCUGCCAGUACUUGGAAAAAAGUCCACCCAGAAGGUAGCUGUAGCAGACCAAGAUGGCAUCUUGACAUGUUUUGGAAUUAAGAAGGGCGAGGCAGUCCCCGUUUUCAAAACACUACCGGGGCAGAAAAUAUCCCGAAUGGACCUGGGUGGAGCAGCGGGAACGCCGCAGGAGAAGAUCUUCGUCUGUUCUGGGUCACAAGUGCGAGGAUUCACCAAGAAGGGCAAACAGUUCCUCACCUUUGACGCCAACCUCACCGAGAGCAUCAACGCCAUGCACGUGUCCGGCGCUGACCUCUUUGUGUGCGCCAGCUACAUCUACAACCACUACUGCGACUGCAAGGACCAGGACUACUUCCUGUCUGGGGACAAGAUCAACGACAUCGUCUGUUUGACCUCGGAGGAGCUGCCUCGCCCCAUCCCGGUGCUGGCGUGUCAGGAUCGCGUUCUCAGGGUGCUACAGGGGUCUGACUUGGCCUAUGAAGCAGAAGUGCCAGGACCUCCAUCUGUACUAGAACGCUACAACAAAGAUGGAGGAGAGGACGUCCUGUACGGGACAACGGACGGCAAAAUCGGGCUGAUUCAGAUCGGCGAGAGUGUGGCGGCCAUUAAAUGGGAGAUUGACAACGACAAAAGGAAAGGAGGUAUCCUCUGUCUCGACACCUAUGACAUCACCGGCGACGGCGUGAGCGACGUCCUGGUGGGCCGCGACGACGGCACGGUGGCCGUUUACGGUUUUGACAGCGGCAACGAGCCCACGCUACGCUUCGAGCACGCCUUGUCCGAAAGCGUGACCUCCAUCCAGGGAGGCUGCGUGGGAAAGGAAUCCUACGACGAGGUCUUGACCGCCACCUAUACAGGUUGGGUGACGGGUCUGACCACAGAACCCCAAAAGGCUGAAAUGGGUGCUGGAGACGAGGUCAGGAUGAGCAAAGAGACUCAAUCCAAAAUGGAAGCCCUCAGGGCGGAGGUGGAGCAGCUCCAGGUGAAGGUCCAGCUGGGCCGCGAGCAGUACCAGCAGACGUCGCUGUCCAAGACGGCCGUCGCCGUGGCGCCCGCUUUCAGCAUCAACGACAAGUUCACGCUGUGCCAGGAUGACGCCAGCUACAGCCUCAUGCUGGAGGUGCAGACCGCCAUCGACAACCUGCUGCUGCAGAGCGACGUCCCCAUCGACCUGCUGGAUGUGGACAACAACUCGGCGGUGGUCAGCUUCAGCGAGUGCGACUCGGAGCAGCCAAAUGGCAACUUCCUGCUGGCCACUUACAGGUGUCAAGCCAACACCACCAGACUGGAGCUCAAGGUUCGGUCCAUCGAGGGGCAGUACGGCACCUUGCGGGCUUACGUCACCCACCGGCUGCAGCCCAAGACGUGUCAGGUUCGCCAGUAUCACAUCAAACCUCUGUCUCUUCACCAACGCACGCACAGCAUCGACCACGAAAGACCCAUGAACAGGCUGAGUCUGGUGGGACAGUUCAGUUUCGCAGAGAUCCACUCGUGGGUGGUCUUCUGUCUGCCGGAGGUGCCGGAAAAGACGCCAGCUGGGGAGAGCGUCACCUUUUACUUCCUCAACACCUUCUUGGGUACGCAGCUGCACGCCACCUACAGCAAAGGGGAGGGUCACUUCAAGUCGGACAACAUCUCCACCAUCUCCAUCCUGAGCGACGUCCUCUCCAAAGAGGCCACCAAACGCAAAAUCAACCUGAACAUUUCAUACGAUAUCAACGACGACUCUGUGAGCCACACCCUCAAGAUGAUCCACCCGAAGCUGGAGUACCAGUUGGUGCUGGCGAGAAAAGUUCAGCUCAUCGAUGCUCUGAAAGAGCUCCAGCUUCACGAGGGCAACGCCGACUUCCUCAUCUCGGAAUAUCGCAGCAUCCUGGACGAGUCGGACAGUCUGCUGGAGGAGUACAAGAGGCAGCCGGCGCACCUGGAGAGGCUUUACGGCAUGAUCACAGACCUCUUCAUCGAUAAGUUCAAGUUCAAAGGGCAGAAUGUGAAAGCCAAAGUGACGUCGCUCUUGGAGAUCCUGGAUAAUUACGAUUUAAAUUCAUUAUUAGACUUUUUCAACGAGGCUUAAGCAUGUGAGUGUUUUCCAUUUGGUGUAUAUUUAAGCAGUUAUGACUUGCUUUUUUUUUUUUUUUUUAAUAAAUGUGAACCGCUUCCAUUGUGUUUUAUGUCCUCCCAAGUAUGGUGUAAUAUAUUAUUUUCAUACUAAAUGGUGUGAUGAAUAAAUCUCUACAGUGAU